CGUCACCGAGAGUUAAAAAAACGCACUCAAAUUUUAAGGACAUCGCAAAAGCAAAAGCACAGGUGACGAAACUCGAUUUAUAAAUAUUUUUUGUAUUUUGAUUGUAAUGCGUAAAGUUAUAGUAAAGUAAAAUAAUAAAAUAAAAAAAUGGCCUGCAAUUUUUUACCUACUCGAGUGCUUGACAUCAACAAAAAUUCCGAUACCCUUUCGGAAGCAUCAGAAUGUGGUACUACUACCUCAGAAUGGACUUCGAAUUGGGACUCCAAGGAGGAAUUGAGAGACCUUCUUUCGAAGCUGGGACUCAAGGAGGUGUCGGAUCUACACCAGGAACGGUUCAGGGUCGACAGAAAGAAAUUAGAACAAAUGUUGACAGGUGACAAUGAGGCCCUCAUUCCAGCUGACGUAUUUUUUGCAAAAAUUAUGGAAGAUACAGACACAUACAUAACUUGGCCAAACAAGCUAAAAAUUGGAGCAAAAUCAAAGAAAGAUCCACAUGUAAGGAUUGCUGGUCGUCCGGAAGAUGUCAAAGCUGCCAAAGAAAGAAUCGUAAUCUUAUUAGACACAAAGUGUAAUAGAAUAACAAUGAAGAUGGACGUAAGCUAUACUGAUCAUUCCCAUAUUAUUGGAAAAGGAGGUUUAAGUAUUAAGCGAGUCAUGGAAGAAACACAAUGCCAUGUUCACUUUCCAGAUUCUAAUCGUUCCAAUCCUACUGAAAAAAGCAAUCAAGUUUCAAUAUCGGGGGAUAUAAAUGGAGUAGAAGGUGCAAGAAGCAGAGUAAGGGAACUUAUACCUUUAAUUUUUGGUUUUGAACUACCAAUUAUGACCCAAAAUAUUGAUGCAACAUCCUUGUAUAUAGUAAAAAUCCAAGAGCAAUACAAUGUACAAGUCAUGUUCAAAACUAGACCGAAACUUCAUGCAACUUUGGUACUGGUGAAAGGAGUAGAAUGGGAAGUAGAUUCUGUAAAACAUGCUACUACUCUGCUUAUGGAGUACAUGUGUGAAAAUCUUGCGAAUCAAAUCCCGGUUCAAAUGUCCAUGGAAAUCUCUCCUCACCAUCACCAAGUCGUUCUGGGAAAAAACCAUUCUAACCUGAAAACCAUAAUGCAGUAUACCAAUUGCCAGAUAAUGUUUCCUGAUGCACAAGACCCCAACAUUCCGAACCUAAAAAAAAGUAACGUGAACAUAUCGGGAAAUAUCAACGACGUAUACAAAGCUAGACAAUUGCUGAUGGGAAGUCUUCCGUUGAUAAUCAUCUUUGAUUUACCAGAAGAAAGUACAAUUCUGAGAACUAGACAGGACCAAAUAGCAGAUAUCCAAACCAAUUACGAUGUGACAAUUACUAUCAGACAAAAAGCGAAGCAAAAUACUAGAGCUUGUGUGAUCAAGGGAGUCGAAAAGAAUGCAGGAAACAUUUACAAAGCACGCAGCUACAUUCUGGGAUUCGACGAACCCUGUACGACUGCCGACAUUCCACCAUCUUACCACUUACCGCAAUCGUUAGCAACACCUCCAAUAGCUCAAAGUGCAAAUCCCAGCCUAUCUCUUCCGCCCCAAAACACGAGCAACAUGCAUCCCAUAUCACCAGUUGUUAGUCCACUGCUGUCACCCUCUUGGCCACAUCCAGCGACACCUACCGGUCAAAAUGGUCCGCCAUUUGUCGGUCUCAUGAAACAACCUCAGUUUGUGUACAAUAUGUCUCAUCAAUCUAUGGGAAGUAGCGGAUACCACUCGAUCAAUCAAACCCAAUUCACGGCCAGCUCCUUGGUACUUGAACAAAGUGGUGAAGUUAGCAACUACUCCCCUAUAUCAAGCAACAAUUCAUCGUUUUCAUCCAACAGUCCUAGAAAUUCUGGAUCCCCGUAUCAUAGGCAAUAUAUGGAACCACAGAAUCAACGAAAUGAUCUGUCAUCGGUACUUUCAGAAAUGAAUUUCUCUCCAGGAUACCAUGGUACAUCUGUCGAUAGAAGACAGGAUAAAAACAAUUUGGUUCCAAUUGAUUUAGAAAACAAAAGAAUGGCGGGAUACAGAGCCAUGCAGAACAAAGCUGUAACUGGCUCCUACAGGCAGCCUACCAAUUCUUGGUCCGGCUAUUACAUAAGUCACACUAGUCCCACACCUCUUGUUGAUACUUUGAGACAAAAAAAGGAAGAAGAAGUCUGGAAUACACCUCCCAAGAGAACCAAUUCCUACAGCAAUAUUAGCGCAGCUUUGAACACCAGCAACAUAUUAGAACAUACUCCUAGUCACGUUUUAAAUAAUCUGAUCUCCUCCGAUUGGCCUGACUUACCAACCAUGUUGACUUCAUUAGGACUUGAGAGAUACAUCAAUUUAUUUACAACACACGAGAUUGAUUUGAUGAUAUUUUCUACUCUGACUGACAAAGACCUUAUUGAAAUUGGUAUAAAUACAUUCGGAGUCCGAAGAAAAAUAUUGCUGGCGAUAUCAGAACUCAACAGAAGAUCCAGUUCAUUUUCGGCGGCUCCGGGUGCAGAACGGAAGAAUUCACCAUCGAAAAUGACGAACACUUAUCAACCAGCCAAUGAAACUAAGUGGUAAGGUACUAUACAAACGAAAAUAUGAAUAAGAUACUUAACAAAAUUCAUAGAUUGAAAUACUCAAAUAAGCAACAAAAGUUGUUGUUUAAUAUGUUGUGAAAAAAUCCUUCAAAAUAUUAAGCUAUUUAAAAAGAUAUUUGGAAAACCAUGUGUAUAACAUGGAAAUUGGUGUUUACAAGAUAUUAAAUUAUUUAAUCGAUUACUUAAAAUAUGUUUUGGCCGGAUAGCUCAGGCAGUAGGAUGUCUGACUUCCAUGCAGAUAGGUCGGGGAGCGUAUUUACGUUUCCGUGUUCAUUUCAAGACAGGGUAGUUUUGAAAUAGGCACUGGAACGGCGGAGCUUAUAUGCUUCCAAACACGUGUGCAUUUCAAGACGUUUAAUUUUGAAAUGCGCACUGGUUUGUAAAAGAACUUAGCGCGUAAAAUGAUCACAAUUACUUGUUAAAUUAUAACGUUAUUUUAUUUUAUUUGAAUUCUUUAUCACAAAUGGUUCCUAUCUACAGAAUAACAAAUAUCAUUCGUAGGAUCUGUCGAAACAAAACAAUUUUGUCACCAUAAUUUUCUUCUAUUUUUGUUAAUAAAUUUUCAAAGAACUCAAAGUAGUACCGAAAUAUCCUGUAUUAAAAUAAACUAUUAUGAUACGUAUACAUUUUUUAAUAAUGAGCAAUAAAACUUUAGUAUUCUAUUAAAAACAUAUUUCAGCUGAAAAAUUAUUGUUCAGCUGUUUGAAAAGCAACAGUAUAAUUUUAUUAUGCUGUGGUUGACUUGUGUAUAAAAAAUUACAGCUAUAUAUAGGUAUCUAUUAAUGCACCAACCUUAGUAGCCGCAAGUAUAAAAGUUACGCAUAUGUUAGUUUGAUCACAUGAUCUACUUGUAUCGAUAAAUACCAUUUCAUCAGCUAACCCAGCUAAGAGCUAAGUAAACUCUUUGCAGUAUUGGAGUAACCAAAACACAAAUAAUAGGAUCUUCCUUCACAAACAAUCUAAUGUUGAAUGUGAAUGCGAGAAGUUCUAUCUGUUUUAUUUUUAAAAUUUCUAAUAUAUCCAUACUGUCUCUGCUACCGUAAUUUUUUAGUCGCCAUUAUUCAUACAAAUAACUUACUUGACGAUCAAGAAGAUUUUUUUAAGCAUUAGCUAACAUCACAUAAACAUUUUCCUCACAAUUUUUCAUAAUACUGAACUCAUGACAUGAUUUUGCUGCUGCUACUAUCAUGGCAGCUUCAAAAUAUGAUAUAAAUAACUGCUUUGUGUCGUCACAGCAACGUAGUAAACUUAAAGACUGAGCCACAUUUACUCUAUGUGAAUGAGUGAGAUUAAUGUCUAUCACAACAUUUAAACCUCUUUUUAAUAAUGGUCAGGUUUUUAAAGUACUGCUUGUUGCUUUCAAAAAUUUAAUAGAUACUUACAUUUGCCUUGCAAUUGAAGUUUCUAGUUGCUCCUUUUAUUCUGUGUUUUUUACUUGUUCUUUCUUGCUAGCUGACAAACAUAUCUUGCGAAACUCAAAUCGUAUAGAUGUAGGAUAGCACCUCUUCAUUAUCCAAUUUGUUUUGGUUUCUGCAGAAAUUUUGUUAAUAAUAUAAGUAGAAAUGUCUUCGUAAUUACCGGUAUAAAAUAACAAACACUGAAUUUUGCACUUAUAGUUACUGUUUUCUUCAAAUACUUUUAAACUGCUCCAUUACGUUUAUUAAUUGAUUUAUAAAUUGGUUUAAUUACACAACACAACCCUCAAAGCCAAGUUGAUAAACAGCACUUGCAACGAAUAAAUCUAGUUCUAUGCACUUGUUUGUAGCAUUCAUACGACACAUGUUUAGGUACAAACCCGUACUCAUUUCGGAGAUUGGCUCUUUCAAAUCAACACCUUUUUGGAACUGAAUAUGUAUUACCGUUUCGGUGUCUAUUUCAAAACCGCACUGUCUUGAAAUGAACACGUAAACGGAAAUACGCGGUUGGCGUUCGAAUCCCCCAUAGAGAUAGCAGACUAUGCUGCUAUAAUCCCAAAGCCGCGUUAGCGGUAUAAAAUGUGAAACUAUUAUUAUCAUGCCCAAAUUUUUUUUUUCAUAUUCAGUGAUCUUGUUGGAAAUUUCGCCUGUUUUUUGUGCAAUAUGUUCCUCGUGUUAAUUAUUUUGUAGUGGAGAUAUUAUUUGAGAUCUAUCGCUGGAGAUUUUGGACAGAUCUCAAUAGUUGCGUCCUCUAAGGUUUCUCGUGCAUAUUUAUCUCCCAGAUCAUUUCUCGUGAUUCCAAUAUGAGAUGGCAGAUGGCACCCAUAGGAAAGCAAUGUUUCUGUGAAUUGAUUGUGCAAUUCUUGUUUACUGAGUCGGCCACAGAACGGGAAGAAUAGAUUUAACAGAUUAUUUAAAAGCGUAUCUGGUGUAAGUUCUUACAUAUAGUUUUAUUUACAAUUGUUUCUCUUUUAACAGAUUUUAUUAAAGAAUGUUCUAACCUAUUUGUGUUGCCGUUUGUCUGUGACAUCUUAGUUUAUAUCAUUUGUAAAUAGGCCACCAAUUGAAAAAUAAGCAUUUUACUGAAAUUUGAAAAGUUUUCGAUAGUUCUGCUUUAAGAUAUAGUGCGGCGACUGGUUGUUCUGAUUAUUAAAUAUGUAAUUAAAAAUAUUUAGUUUUUACUUUUUACCGUUAAAGCAGGCCAUAUCGCGUAUGUGCUAAAAUUAAUUUUGACCAUUUACACUUCAAAUUAUACAGAGACUUCAACUAUUUUUAUAACAUCAUGUCGAACAAAAUGUUCUUAUCUGAGUGCAAAACAAGAGUUUACACUCUACUAACGACCUUCUUCCCAUCUAAAAAGCUUAUCCGGUCAAUUUUAAACAAUAGAAAAAGACUGUAUGACUUGUGCACACUCCUAUAUAAAUCAAAACGGCAACAGGUGUAUGUUUUCAAAAAACUGAUAGUGUGUAAAACAUUUACUAAAAACCAGCUAAGUACUUUCAUCAUUCUGAUGAUGGCAUUUUGAGACGCUGAAAGUACCUAGCUGAUUUUUAAUAAAUGUUUCACACACUAUCAAUUUUUUGAAAACAUGCACCUGUUGCCGUUUUGACUUAAUUUUAAACAAGAAGUUCACAUAUUAGGCCCUGUACACAUGAGGGCGAUUAACGCGGCGUUUUACCUGUUUUGUUUUGCUAAACGUUUUGUUGUACAGGUUUUCAGGGGUUUUAUCAGGUAAAACUCUGCGUUAAGUGCUGUUAUGUGUACGGGCUCUUAGAAACAUAUUGUUUUUCUAGAUUUUCUACGUCUAAAUAUACUCUAUCGUAGUUUAAUAUUUUGAGGAAUUUUUUUCAUUGUUGUGACAUUUAUUUAUUUUUAUAUGUUAAUAUAUAUGUGUAAGAUGUAUCGUAAGUGUCGUUUAUAAGAUGAUGAUUGUAAAGUGUCGGUUGUAUAUGAUAAGCUUAAACUGAUGUGUUUAUAAUUAAACUUAAAUUAUAUGACGGACUCUAAAUGAUAAAUCAAUGUCGGUGGUUUCCUUUUAAAACGUUAUUUUAUAUUAUCCAUAUCCAAAGAGACCUAAUUGAAUACAAGUCAAUUCUGCAUAUUUUUUAAAUGAAGCUACAGCCACUUUUCUCCAAGGUAUAAUACUCAACCGGGCUGGACAGCUCAGGAGGUAGGAUGUCUGACUUCCACGCAGGUAGACCGGGCAUGGAAUCCCAGCGCCGGGGAGAACAUCUAGACUUUAUUAAAAAUAUAUACACGCUCCAGGUCGACUCAGCCUGAAUGGCCCUAGAGAUAGCAGACUACCCUGCUAUAACCCCAAAGCCGCUUUAAUAAUACUCUACUAAUAGCCUAAUAUAAUACUCAUCAGGCUUUGAACAUCUGUUAGCACUUCACUCUCCUAUCAUUUCGAUGGCACCUAAAUUUUAUUGUCCAUAUCUUCUUUUGCUAAUCGGAAUAGUGGUGCGGCGCUGCCUAUUCCUGACCAAUCCCGAAUCUUGUUAAGUCAUGACAUCUGCUUACGUCCAAUUAUACAUAUACUUGGUCUUAUCUUCGUUGACCUUAAGGCCAAUUUCCCUGGUCCCGCUACUUUUCUUUUGCAUCUCUCUCUUUUUUUUUUGGGAGGUGGGAAACUUCUUAAGACUGUCUGGGAAGGUGUACUAGGUGUGUCGGAUUCGGCCCGUCCUGUCUAUAUCACGAGCCGCCUACCGACUAAACCCACCUCCUCAUUCUCCAGCCGACGGGUCUGGAACCGCUCUUAGCGAGCAUAUCUGACCCGUCGACCUUACUCAUAGCUCCCCUCUGGCACUCUUAGCGUGCAAUCCACGGAUUGUUGGUCGCCCGACCGGCCCUGCCCACGCCCCGCACCAGACAGGCCGGUGAAGCGACCGUCUAGCUCAACCCGUGCGCGGGUAGGUCGACCGGGGUGGCCCCCAACCCAUGAUGGAACUAACCAGAUAAUGUCAGUUGGCAGUUACGAGCAACUCCGUCCAUACACACUUACUCGUCCACCCAUUCAUUCUGACAUUUAGAUGGGGCAGUCUGUGUAGGUCGGAUGUAGAAGGUUCUUCCCCAUUGACUGUCCCAAAACGAUACAAAACAUGCUAUAACAUACACGGAAAGAACUAGAGUAAAAGUAGAUGAAAAGACAAAGCAGAGAUAGAAUUAGAGAAGAGAGAAGGAAGAGAAAAGAAAGAAUAGGAAAGAAGCAAGAAAGGACAAAGAUGCAAUCUUUUGCAUCUCUGGUGGAUUGUGCAGUUGUGUCGACAUCGUCAGUAAAAGUUCACUACAGUUUAAAAAAUCACUACCGUCGUUCCCUGGUCAGCGAAGCCACUUGUUCAUUCUGGUACCUAGUGCUUUCCUAACCGCUCUAAAGCGAAGUUAAAUAACGAAGGGAAAGGUGGAUCGCCAUGUCUUAGACCCUCUCAAUAUCUUGUCUGCAGUAGUUUUUGCGUUAUCAUUUUCCAUUUUCAAAAUACUUUAGAAGGAAACCAUUUAUAAAAAUAAAUAUACUGUUCUUUAUUUAAAUCUUGAAAAUGUUUGAAUAUUUCACGAAGUAUUCUAUUUUAAUAAAAAAAAUAAUCUAUACAUUUUUAUUAUACAAUUUAUUAUAUAUAAACAAUUUGGGUAGCUCGUAGAGUACCUUUUAAAUAUAAAAAAAUAUUUUCAAAACUGUUUCGAGAAAAUACCUGAUAUAAAGUAAUUUUAACAGCAUAAAUGUUUAUGUUUUGUCUGACCAAAAAUAAGCUGCCCAAAUGUUCUAAUUCAAAUAAUUUCCGAUAGUAUUUGGGUAUUCAUAUUAUUUGUACUUAAAAAUUACAUAACAUUUUUAUAAGUACUAGAAUGAGUGGUAUUUUUUGUAAUUGCAGCUCAUUUGUGUUGCAUAUUACACAUAAUAUUUUCUUGAAUUCAAGGAAUAAGCUGCCAAAAAUAAGAAUACUCUAAUCUCUCUUGAUUUUUGUAACGUAUUACUGUGAUAAGCCAAAUAUUGUAACUGUUCAAAGAUGCCUUUUAUUUAUUAAAUUACAUACUAGUGGAAGUGUGUGCUUGAUGGAUCUAUAAGGGAAUAAUAUAACAAUAACUUUGAAAAUUAUCUUAUAUCAUCAUCAGUGGUGGUACAGCCUUAGCCUCUACCUUACUCAGUCUAUUUCGCCAGUCGUUUUUGUUCAUCACCAACCAUUGCCAAUUUGCUGCUCCGAUUUUCCUCGUGUUAUCGUCCACACCGUCCCUCUAUCUUAGUCUUAGCCUACUUCUACACCUAUUUCCUACUGGUACUGCUAAUAGGGCUUCUCUGGGUGGGUAAUUUUCAUUUGCUCUUGACACAUGUCCAGCCCAUCUAAGCCUACCUAUUUUUAUGAAAGAUAUUACAUCUCUACGAUUUACUAUUUCUUUAUACUUCUCGUACUAUUCGAAAUUAUGUCACUUUUCCAGAUAUCAUUCUCAUAGACUGUGACCAUUAUUCUUCUUAGUAUCUUCAUUUCGAAGAGGAGCAGACGAUUUGUUUUGGAUAUGUUUUUUGGAUAUGUUUCUGGAGUUUCAUGAGUUUCUAUAUAGUCUGAAGUUUUGUUUGGCGUUUCUAGAUCUAUCUCUGUUAUUUGGAAUCGAUGCCAACAUUUUGGUUUUUUCCAGUUUUAUUUUAAGACCCAUAUUUUGUUAGGCCGUUAAGAAGGUGGAAACUAUCUCUUUAAGUCCUGUGGUUAGUGCAAUCAAAUCCCAAUCGUCAGUCAAAAUCUGUAUUGACUUAUUAAAGUUUGUUCCGCUAUCGUGUAACUCUGCAUCUCUUAUAGCCUUUUCUAAAGGUAUAUUAAAGAGAAGUCACCACAUCCACACUUUCUGAGGGAAGGGCUGUAUUAUCAGCAUAUCUGAUGUUAUUGAUUGUUUCUGCACCAAUUUCGAUUCCUACUGGUCUGUCAAGACUUCAAUAUUUUCUCGGAAUAUAAAUUCAAAACAAUUGGCGAUAAUACACAGCCCUGUCUUACUCCAAGUUGUAUGAGCAGUCUCUUUGUGCAACCGUCUUCAGUUUGGACAUAUGCUACUCGGUUAUGAUAAAGAUAUUCUUCGGCUAGGAGGGCGAACUUAAUUUCAAGCCUUAUUACCUUCUACAAUUAGAUGUAGUUAGCAUAGGUAAGGACUUGUGUAGUCUUGUAGAAGAGCUGUUGGGUAAAUUCCACUGAGUUGUAGUGAGUAAUUUCCUAACAACUUUCUUAAGAAUUAAAUUAAAUAUAGCGCACGAUUUGCUUUGUCUGAAAUCUCUUGUGAUUUCAAACUAUGUAUCUUGAAUUAUCUCUACAAUUAUUGCUAUAUUCCUCUUAAAGGGGUAUCUAGCAAUAUCCAUCCAAUUUUCCACGCCCAUAGCUUUAAAGUUUUCUGCUAUACUAUCUCUCCACCGAAGUUGAGGUCAUCCACGUGGUCUUCCAGUUUGAAAUUCUUUCCAUACCAGCCUUACUAUUCCUUCGUGCGAAUUUCUUCUGAGGUGUACUGCCCAUUGGAGUCUUCUGGAAUGUCUUUCUUCUUCUGGAGAAGCACAGGGCCAAAGAUCUUCCUUUGGAUUUUUGUUUCUCAAACAAGUAGUAGCUCUUGGUUUUCCUUUGAUAUCGUCCAUGUUUCGUUACCAUAAAUCUCUACGGGUCGUAUGAUUGUCUUAUCCCUGGCAACCAAAUAACGUUUACAAAACGUUGAAAAGACGUCAUAAUUAUCACCAAACCACGUCAGUUUGUCACGUUUUUUCGACGACGAUAGUCACGUAAAUAUCUCCCACCAUAACUGACGACAUUUUUAUCACGAUUUAAAUAGGUGAUAUAAAAAACGUAGUUUUUAUGUCGUUUUUUUAGAUUAAUUUUCAUUUUAUGGUUUUAAAAAUACACAAUAAUAAUUGUUCGUAUGGGUAUUGUUGGUAUUGCUAUUUUUCAUUUAACUGUUUUAAAUUUAGCUUAUAAGCUAUGGUAUACUUACUGUGUCAAAAAUGAAACAACAUAUAAACUAAUAAAUAACUUAUUAACAAACUAAUUUAUUUAAACUCGAUAACACAUAAUUAGUUCAUUAACAGAAAAUAUUCACCAAAACAAAACACAUAACCUCAAACCGUUUUCAAGAAGAACAAUUGCAUUAAACUAACUCACUACUCACUUGAGAAAAACGAAUAAAAAUCUCUUAAUUAACACGUUUCUUCAACUAAAUAUCUAAAUGAAAAGUCCUUUUUACCACACAAAGCACGUAAAUAAUAAAUGAAAAAUUUCUUAUGACAAUUUAAGUUUAUAAACGUCAAUAUUCAACAUUGUUAUAAGCAAUUACCCGUUAAGCUCCUCCUAUUUUUGUGACGUCAGACUUGGACUGUCUGAAAUGAAAACGUAUUUUUAAACGUAUUUUAACGUCAUUCGACUUACUUAUUUAAAACCACCUACAAAAGACGUUUAUACGACGUAAUGUUCAAACACGUGUAUAUAUUCAACCAAAAGCUGACGUUUCCUCGACGUUAUUGACGUCACUUGGUUGCCUGGGAUAUAGUUGUAUCUUUGUAUCUGGUUAAAUACUCUGACACGCUCAAAGUUAAAGUCAUCGAUAUUGAUGUUCUGUCCGACUCUACCUCUAUUUGAGCUAUUGCGACUCAUGACAUAUAUUUAGUUUUGUUUUCAUUGCUUUCCCAUCUUCUCUGCUUUAUUCUCGAACCUGAAGAAAGCACCCUUUAUGCUUCAACUGGUGUUUCCUAGUAGAUCGUUAUCGUCUGCAAAUCCAACAGUAAGUUUGGUUCUUCUCGUUGUAACAAUACUGAGAAAACGGUAUCCUGCAAUUUUUUAAAACCACAUUUAUAUAAGCUAGAUAAGUCUGUAAUGAUACUACUAAGCAAUAUUUGACAAUAUGUUGAUAAUCCCUUAUAUGUAAAAGAAAUCCAUUUAAAGCACACUUCCCCUAAAGACUAUAGAAAUUUCGCUAUUAGAAUAUUUUGAAUCUGCAAGAGAUAAUUUUUGUAACAAACUGAACUUAAAAUUAGUGUUUUUUGUUUACUAACUAUUUAUUAAAACAUCAUUUUGUGAAUGUUUUAAUAAAAUAUUGUUUGUCGUAUUAAAAAAAUUCAUUGUUCGAUGUUUCCCAUUUCUCUUGUUUUUUAUACAUUAUUUUUUUAUUUUUACAUUAGCUGAUUGUGAUAUUUUAUGUGCCUAUUGAAAUCAAUUACUGUAUUUAUUAUUAAAUUAUUCUAUUUAUUGAAACAAUUUUUGUAGUUGUAGGUUUUUAUAUGUAUUAUGAUGAUGUAAACAAAAGUUUUAAUUUGUUUUUCACUUUACUUUAUUGAUGAUUGAUUAGAUUUUUAUUGCAUAUGAAUUGAAACUUUUGUCUUUAUAGUUAAGUACUUAACGAAUGUAAAAAAUAGUUUUAAGAAUUGCUACUACUACAUGAAAAUAAAUCAUAUUUGCUGAAA